UUCCCGGGGAGAGCUGGGUACCGCCGCUGUUGCCGGGCAACGCGGGAUGCCAAGUGCGGCGUGAAGUCAGCAGACCUUAGGGCCGGUCUUUCCCCGGCUGCCCGCCUUCUCGUGGUGGUCCCGUGGCUGUUUACGCCUCCGUUCUGAGGGGCCAACGGAGAGGUUAGAGAAGCGGCCUUGUGCGGAGUUGGGCGAUUAAAGUCGGAGCAGCCACUUGCCGUCCUCCUGGCAGCGCGGCCCUUCCGUGUGAGAAAGAUGCUGUGAAGCGAGUAUUCUCUGGCAUUCAGCCUACAGGAAUCCCCCACCUUGGCAAUUACCUGGGAGCCAUUGAGACCUGGGUGAAAUUACAGGAAGAGCAUGGCUCGGUGCUGUACAGCAUUGUUGACCUACACUCCAUCACUGUCCCCCAGGACCCGGCCGUCCUUCGGCAGAGCAUCUUGGACAUGACUGCUGUUCUUCUCGCCUGUGGCAUAAACCCAGAGAAGAGUAUCCUUUUCCAACAAUCUCAGGUGUCCGAACACACACAGUUAAGCUGGAUCCUUACCUGCAUGGUCAGACUUCCCCGGUUACAGCAUUUACACCAGUGGAAGGCAAAGAUUGCCACGCAGAAGCAUGGUGGAACUGUGGGCCUGCUCACAUACCCAGUGCUCCAGGCAGCGGACAUCCUGUUAUACAAGUCCACACACGUUCCUGUCGGGGAGGAUCAAGUCCAGCACAUGGAGCUCGUUCAGGAUCUAGCACAAGGGUUUAAUAAGAAGUAUGGAGAGGUCUUCCCCGUGCCCAGGUCCAUUCUAACAUCCAUGAAGAAGGUGAAAUCUCUCCGUGACCCUUCUGCCAAGAUGUCAAAAUCGGACCCUGAUAAACUGGCCACCGUCAGGAUAACAGACAGUCCAGAGGAGAUCGUGCAGAAAUUCCGCAAGGCUGUGACAGACUUCACAUCAGAGGUGACCUACGAGCCAGCCCGGCGAGCCGGGGUCUCUAACCUGGUGGCCAUUCACGCAGCAGUGGUCGGUGUCCCUGUGGAGGAAGCACUCCAGCACAGCGCAGGCCUGGACACUGCUCGCUACAAGCUGCUGGUGGCCGAUGCCGUGAUUCAGAAAUUUGCUCCGAUUAAGAGUGAAAUUGAAAAACUUAAGACAGACAGGGGCCACUUAGAGAAGGUCUUACAGGUUGGGUCAGCAAAAGCUAGGGAAUUAGCCCAUCCUGUGUGCCAGGAGGUGAAGAAAUUGGUGGGGCUUCUGUAGGAAGCAAGGCUUUUAUGACUUAUGGCCUGUGCACGCCAAUAAAGGCAGCCUUCCUCACAAAUGAAAAAUGAUGGCUUGGGGACAUUUAAUUUUGGUUCACCUGGCUUCAUUUGAAUAUUGAAUAUUGGCUUCAUUUGAUAAAUAAGGAUUUGUAACCUUCAAAUAGAGUGGUGUUCUAAAUCCCAUCAGCAAAAUGCUGUGACCAAAAAUAAUAGAGAGAAGGCAUGACUAUCUGAAUCCUCAAUUAUUUGAGGCACACUCCUUACCCUGAAUUUAGGUAUAUGAAUGUGAUUGAGGUGAGCGGUAGUUCAAACUCUCCUGCUCCACUGACUGAGCCGGCCAGGUGCCCCUCUGUCCCAACCCUCUUAAAAAGUAAGACGGAGAUUCUUAGACUUCUAAUCCUUGGGAUGCCAUUUGGACCAAUUUGUAUUGAAAUCAACUUAUAAAAAUAAGUUGAUUAUUAUAGCUCCUUUGUCACUGAGAUAGUACCUGCCUAAAUGCAUUUAAGCUGCUUUACUUGUUCCCAACAAGACCACACUGACUGUCCCAAUAAGUAUUGUUUUGUUCAAUUCAGAAAUACAUGAUAUAGUCUUCUGAGACGGUUGAUUAUUUCAAAUCGAUUGACAUGUUAGAACCCAGGUUCCUGGAUUCUGUUUGCAGUAAGUACUUCUUUGCCUCUGCCUCUAGUUCAACAUCACCAGCCCUUGGGAAAUAUAUGAGGGGACUUUGCCAUUUUCCACCCCUGCCCUGAGGAAAGCGAGGCUCAGGGUGUGCAGUAUCACUCAGUAAGAAGCAAGUCCAAGAUUAAAACUUUCACUCCUUAAAGAGCAGUGUCUUUUUCAUCAGCACAGAACCGUAAAAGGCAAUAUGUAUGAGACUCCAAACAUUCUUAUUUUGAAGGUGAAUACUCGAAAUAUAAGACCUGUACUAUGGACACUGUUUAUAUCAGUAACUCAACCAAUAGCCGCCUGCUUUAAAUACGGAUUUCGCCAACCUUGGUCGUAUUUGCUCCUUUAGGAUCUCCAAGGCAGGUCCUAAGUUCUGUGUCCUAUGCUUGAGGCAGAGACACUUCACAAAGUAUAUUUUACCAGCCUACAAUAGUAGUGAGGCCUGACACAUCAGAUUUUCCUGAUGAGUGGAAGCUUCUCACCUUCCCUCUACCUCAGCCUUUCUGAGUAAUAACGAGUCACUCUCUAAAACCUAGCUUCUUUGCACUUCCUGAAUAUGGAAAUGACAAUCCUGACUUACCACACCAGGACCUGUUAGCAAGCUUGAUUUUGUAAAAGAAGUUGCUUAUAAGUUUUUGUUUUGUUUUGUUUUGUUUUGGUCAGUGGGUACCAUGAUCAACUUUUAUACAUAAGAGACUAGUAUGUGGGGAAAAUAAUUUUUUAAAAAGAUUUAUUCAUUUGUUUAAAGGAGAGAGAGCAGGGGGAGGGGUAGAAGGAGAGGGAGAAGGAGAGAAUCUCAAGCAGGCUCCCUUCUGAGCACAGAGCCCCAUGCAAGGCUCGAUCCAACAACCCUGAGAUCAUGAGUCCUAUGCUUAACUGACUGAGCCACCCAGGCAUCCCACAAAGAAUUUUUCUUCAUGUAUCUUUAGAGAAAAAAGCAGAGUAGUCCUUUUAUCAUAACAGAUAUAAAUACACAAAACACUGCAUCCCAGAAUCCACUCCAGGUACAAAUCCUUUUUUGGAUCUUUUCUUGGAAUGUGGUGUGUAUAGUCCUAGGGCCUCUUUUGGCAUAUUUUCUCCAAGGCUUCUUUUUUUUUUUUUUACUUUAAAAGGAACCAUAGUAAGAAAACUGGAAAAUGACAAAAUUAAAGAUGGAUCUAUCAAACCAA